AAAGGCACACGUAGACCACAAAUAGGCGGAGCUCAGCCGUCAAUAAAGCACAGAGCAUUUCAGACUGAGAGCAGCUGUACUCGAGACAGAAGACUCGCUCCGUACUCUGACGUUAGAGCAUUCUCACAAGUUUUGUUUUCUAGUCCGUUACUCGAUGGAGAUGAUGCGGUCGUCCAGUGUUUGUCUGCUGCUGCUCGUGUUGUGUGGAGCCCGACAGUUUGCGGAAGCCUGCAGCUGUUCGUCUGCACAUCCUCAGCAGGCCUAUUGCAAUGCGGAUGUCGUCAUCAGAGCCACAGUCAUCGGACACCAGCAGGUGGUGACUGGCAGUGACACCGAUGGCAACCUAAUCAAGAUGACCAAAUAUGAUAUCAAACAGACGAAGAUGUUUAAGGGCCCCGAUCGACAGAUUGAUGCCAUCUUCUCUGGCCCCUCCUCAUUGUGUGGGGUCAAUCUUGAGAGUGAUGGCAAAAAGGAAUACCUAAUCACAGGUAAUCUGGAUUCAAAUGGCACUUUGCGUGUAAAUCUUUGUGACUACAUUGAAUCUUGGGAGUCACUCAGUAUAACACAGAAAAAGAGUUUGGGUGAGCGCUACCAGAUGGGAUGCGAGUGCAAGAUCAUCCCAUGUCAAACAAUCCCCUGUUCCAUUAAUGACCACGCUGGGUGUCUUUGGACUGACUGGGUGCUGGAGGGCACUGUUCAGGGUAGCCAGGCGCAGUAUUACACCUGCGUUAAGAGGAACGAUGACAGCUGUGCCUGGUACCGUGGAGCCAUCACACUUAAAAAAGAGUUCCUGGACAUUGAGGAACCAUAAGCUAAACCCCAGUUUCAUCAUCCAUUCAGUACAUUCACAAAACACCUUAAGCAACCAACCCACACCUUAAUUCUUCAAAUACAUUCUAGACUGGUAAAUCUCACGAAACCUGUCAAGAACAUUUCCGCAUCAUAUUUCAUGCCAAGAUCAGUAUAAUAAAUUGUUAAUAAUAUAUAUUUGUAAUAAUAUAAAAAUAAAUACAUUUUGCAUAAAGAAAAGGCUUAUUUUUAGCACCAUAUUAAGACAAGAAGACCUUCUUAUUGUGAUGCAAAAAACAAAUAAUGAUAUUUUGUUUAAAUAGUCAAGUGUUUAAUUUGUAAGGGGGGACACUUGUAUUACCCUAAAGGGAUUUAUUUUGCAAUAACAUCCAGCUGACUGUAUAUUAUUCCACUUAUUACAAACUACUAAGCAAAUACGUAAAUACAUGAACAUAAAAUAUUGAUUUGAGUUGAAAUUAUGUAAUUAUGUGAGAAGAAAUAAAUCGCUGAACAGCUGAAUUCCACCUCCGGUUUGCAUCGGAGUUCUGUUGGUAUUUAUUUAGUAAUUAAUGACCAUCUCACCCAACAUUAUCCAGCUUGUUUCAAGACUACUUGCCAAAUAAAGAAAUAAAUGCACAUGAAACUUU